AUGUACAGUUAUAAAGAAGCAGCAGCAGCAGCAGCAGCAGCAGCAGCAGCAGCAGCAGCAGCAGCAGCAACUGUCGCAUCUGCUGCCGCCAGAAGCAGCAGCAGCAGCAGCAGCAGCAGCAGCAGCAGCAGCAGCAGCAGCAACUGGCUCUCCUGCUGUCUCCUCUGCUGUCUCCUCUGCUGUCUCCUCUCCCCGUGGCUAUCGUUACUGGUGUCCCCAAAGCCGCAGCAGCAGCAGCAGCAGCAGCAGCAGCAGCAGCAGCAGCAGCAGCAGCAGCAGCAGCAGCAGCAGCCUGAAGAGUAUGCAGCAGCAAAUGCUGUCUAUCGAUCUCCUUCUGAGGAUAGUAUCUCCAGCAGCAAACAAAUAAAUACAACAGAACAACAACAACAACAAGAAGAAAGAGAAAAAGAAAAAGAAAAAGAAAAAGAAGAAAAAGAAAAAGAAAAAGAAAAAGAAAAAGAAAAAGAAAAAGAAGAAGAUGAUGAUGAUGAUGAUGAUGGAUAUGAAUAUGAAGACGCACAAGAAGAACAAGAAGAAGAACAGCAGCAGCAGCAGCAGCAGCAGCUGCUGCUGCUGCUGCAGCAACAGCAACAGCAACAACAGCAAUUCGAGCAACAAGAAGAAGAAGAAGAAGAAGAAGAAGAAGAAGAUGAAUAUAUAGAAGGAGACGAAGAAGAUAUAGAUGAAGAAGAAGAAGGAGACAGAGAAGAAAGAGAAGAAGAAGAAGAAGGAGGAGACAGAGAAGAUAUAGAAGGAGACAGACAAGAAGAAGAAGAAGGAGACAGAGAAGAAGAAGAAUAUAUAGAAGAAGAAGAAGAAGACAGAGAAGAAAGAGAAGAAAGAGAAGAUAUAGAAGGAGACAGAGAAGGAGACAGAGAAGAAGAAGAAGGAGAAUAUAUAGAAGGAGACAGAGAAGGAGACAGAGAAGAAAACAGAGAAGAAGAAGAAGAAGAAGAAGACAGAGAAGAAGAAGAAGAAAUAGGAGACAGAGAAGAAGACAGAGAAGAAAGAGAAAGAGAAGGAGACAGAGAAGAAGAAGAUGAAGAAGAAGAAGAAGAAUAUCAACAACUGCUGCAGUAG